ACGUCUCGUCACUUUUCAACACUAUAGUUACGAUAGAGUUACUAUAAGCAUUUGGGUUGGCCUGAAAGCGUGGGACGUCUAUACCUGGUUCGCGUCGGCGAUAGCCACAUAGUUGUCUUAGCUUGCAGCGCAUCUCUAAAAUGUCAACCCGGCUCAUAGCUGAAACCUCUAACGCGACGUCUUCAACAUGUCCGCGUCGGCUUGGACCGGCAGCGUCAAUAUUACUUCGGCCUUGCUCGCUUCCAUGCAAGCCAUUUUCUGGUCGCUCGCCACUCCGCUCAAAUAUCCAGCUGCCAGGCGCUCCUGCUUCUCGACAACUUGUAAAAUCUUUAACCGCCGUUGAAACGGUCGCGCCUGUGUCACCACCGGCUGCCUCCCCCGCAACCGGUGGCAAGCCCACGCCAUCCCAGGCAUAUCCUUUUGCCGAAAUCGAGGCCAAGUGGCAGGCCUACUGGGAGGAGCACCAGACCUUCCGCACUCCGGACCAGGUGGACACCAGCAAACCCAAGUACUACGUCCUCGACAUGUUCCCCUACCCCAGCGGCGCCGGCCUGCACGUGGGUCACCCCGAGGGCUACACCGCCACCGACAUCCUGGCCCGCUACAAGCGCAUGUGCGGCUGCAACGUGCUGCACCCCAUGGGCUGGGACGCAUUCGGACUGCCCGCGGAGCAGUACGCGCUGCAGACAGGAACACACCCCGCGGACACCACCGCACGCAACGUGGCGAGGUUCCGGCAGCAGCUCAAGGCGCUGGGGUUUUCGUACGACUGGGGGCGGGAGGUGGCCACCACGGACCCGGAGUACUACCGUUGGACCCAGUGGAUCUUCCUGCAGCUGCUGCAGCGCGGGCUGGCGUACCGGGCGGAGGUGCCGGUGAACUGGUGCCCCGCGCUGGGGACGGUGCUGGCCAACGAGGAGGUCAUUGACGGGCUCUCCGAGCGCGGCGGGCACCCGGUGGUGCGGCUGCCCAUGCGGCAGUGGAUGCUGCGCAUCACCGCCUACGCGGACCGCCUGCUGGGGGACCUGGAGGGGCUGGACUGGCCGGACAGCGUCAAGGACAUGCAGCGCAACUGGAUUGGCAGGAGCGAGGGCGCGGAGGUGCAGUUCGCGCUGCAGGGCGGCCCGGGCAGCUCCCUCUCCUCCCCCUCCUCCUCCUCCUCCUCCUCCUCCUCCACUACCUCCGUCUCCGUGUUCACCACCCGCCCCGACACGCUGCUGGGGGUGACCUACCUGGUGCUGGCGCCCGAGCACCCGCUGGUGGGGCAGCUGGCGGCGGGGGGGCGGAGGGAGGAGGUGCAGGCCUACGUGGACGCCGCAGCUCGCAAGUCGGAUCUGGAGCGAACGGAGCUGCAGAAGGACAAGACGGGGGCGGACACGGGCAGUUUCGCGCUCCACCCGGUCACGGGCGAGCUGCUGCCGGUGUGGGUGGCGGACUACGUGUUGGGCUCGUACGGCAGCGGGGCGGUGAUGGCGGUGCCGGCACAUGACCCACGGGACCAUGAGUUCGCGGUGCGUUUCGGACUGCCAGUAAAGCAGGUGGUCGCUCCCCCCUCGGACGCCGUCGCCAACAACAGCGACGCUGCACCCGUCACCCUGCCGUACACUGAGCCCGGCAUUGCCGUACACUCCUCCUGCGGCUCCCUCUCCCUGGACGGCUUGCCCACCGCUGACGCCGGCGCUGCGGUGGUUGCAUGGCUCGAGGAGCGGGGGCUGGGGCGGCGGCAGGUGCAGUACAAGCUGCGGGACUGGUUGUUCGCGAGGCAGCGGUACUGGGGGGAGCCCUUCCCGCUGGUGUACCCGGAGGGCAGUGACGAGGCUGUCCCCCUGCCCGAGUCGCAGCUGCCCCUCACCCUGCCCGACACCGACCAGUUCCGCCCCUCCGGCACCCCCGAGUCGCCGCUCGCCGCCAUCACCGAGUGGGUCAACACGGUGGACCCACGGGACGGUGUGACGCCGGCGCGGAGGGAGACGUCAACCAUGCCGCAGUGGGCGGGGUCGUGCUGGUACUACCUGCGCUACAUCUCCCCCCGCUGCCCCACCUCCCUGGUUGACCCCGCCGCUGAGCGCUACUGGAUGCCGGUGGACCUGUACGUGGGGGGCGCAGAGCACGCGGUGUUGCACCUGCUGUAUGCGCGCUUCUGGCACAAGGUGUUGUACGACCUGGGUGUGGUGUCCACCCCCGAGCCCUUCCGGCGGCUGGUGAGCCAGGGAAUGAUCCUGGGCGAGGUGGAGUACACGGGCUUCCGACAGCCGGGCAGCGGGGAGUGGGUGGAGGAGGGGGCGCAGGGGGCGGAGCAGGUCAAGCUCUCCGAGGCCGAGGUGGAGCGGCGCGGGGACGGCUACGUGCUGCGCGCCGACCCGCGGGUCCGUGUGUCCGCCCGCGCGCACAAGAUGAGCAAGAGCCGCGGCAACGUGGUGAACCCGGACGACGUGGUGGCGGCCUUCGGGGCGGACUCGCUGCGGCUGUACGAGAUGUUCAUGGGGCCGCUGAGGGAUACAAAGGUGUGGAGCACUCGGGGUGUGGAGGGCGUGCAUCGCUUCCUGGCGCGUGUGUGGCGGCUGUUCGAGGGCGGCGUGAGCGAGGAGGAGCCCUGCAGGGAGCAGUUGAGGCUGCUGCAUGCGACCAUCAAGAAGGUGGGUGUUGAGACGGAGGAGAUGCGGUUCAACACCGCCAUCGCCGCCAUGAUGGAGUUCGUGAACGGGGCCACCAAGACAUGGAGCAACCGGCCCAGGAAGGCGCUGGAGCCGUUCCUGCUGCUGCUGUCCCCCUACGCGCCGCACCUAGCGGAGGAGCUGUGGAGCCGCUGCGGCCACCCCGCCACACUGGCCUACGAGCCCUGGCCCACUGCGGACGAGUCGCUGCUGGCGGUGGAGGAGGUCAACCUGCCCGUGCAGGUGAACGGCAAGACCCGCGGGACAGUGGUGGUGGCAGCCGCGGCGCCGCAGGAGGAGGCGCUCGCGGCCGCACUGGCUGCCCCCAACGUGUCCAAGCACGUGGGAGGCGGGUCGAUCAAGAAGGUGAUCUACGUGCCAGGCAAGAUCCUGAAUGUCAUCGUUGCGCCUGCAAAGUAGAGAGCCCCGAGGGGGGUACAUGAGCUUGGGAGGAGGAGGGCAAAGGAGAGGCGCAGGUCCCGGAGAAUGGAUAGCUUGGGCGUUGGGAGGUUUUCAUGAGUGAGAAGGGAAAGUGGUGAUGGUGGUGAAUGCAGUUUGGAGGGUUCGGGGCACUUUACUUGCGGAGAAAGGGCCAGGUGUAAUUUAGGGCGCAGGAGGAGAAGAGAGAGACGGUUUAACGAGGAGUGUGGAAGAGGGGGCAGUGAAUGGUAACUGGGUACAGCCCAUUCCGUAUAAGGCGUCAGAGUAUGGGCAUGAGUGUCUGUGUGACGGUCUUGACAGUGUGGUUAGUGAGGUACCUAAGUAAUAGGUUCUCUGUGCACAGCGGUUCUGUGCACAGCGGUAAAACAAGCCAACCUGACAUGAAUGCACCCGGGGAGCUAGGAGAAGAAAAGGCGCAAUUAGUGUUGGCGAAGCACAUGCGCAGGGAUUGUAAUAGUCAUUUGUUCUCAA